AUGGAUAUUGAAGAUGAAUAUGAAACAGAUAAAAACUAAUCAACGAAUGAGAGUAAAGAUAAUUCUUAGUCACUUAUGAUAUAAAACUCUUCAUCUUCUUUAGGUAAGAGGAAAUAUAUAAAGAAGACUAUGUAAUCUUUUAUGGAAAAAGCGGAAAUAGAGGAGUAGGAUAUAAAUCAUGAAAAAAGUAAUUAGCUAUAAGUAUUUCCUAUGUACGAGACUUUGAAGGAGCAGAUAGAGUUUAUUUUAAUAGGCGGUGAUUUUAUAUAUAAACAGCAGGAUUUUAGAUUGCAUAAUUCAGAUUUGUAUUUUAAAUAUAGAGAUUUCUUCAAUGAAGGAUAAUAAGAGUAGCUAAAGCUAUAUAAAGACGUGGUCUCUAUUUCAAAGUCAAACAAUUUCUUAAAUGUUUCACUAGUAAAUAAACGAAAUGGCCUAAUCGAUUUUAGAAAUUUAAUUUCAUAACUAAACUAAUUAUUAUCAGUUAUAUCAGGUGAAAACCAUUUAAAUCUAUUACUUCAGUUUUAGGAUAUACUAAGCUAAAGUCAUCAGGCAGUAUUACAUAUUAUUUAACUUUAUCCUGAUCCUUAACAAUUGUUGCAACUACAAGAAAAAAGACUUGAUUAUAUUAAAAAUUAUGGUAAAAACUAUCUUAAAUAAAAUUAUAAUGAAGAUGAUUUCUUAAUAAUUGGUUUAACGAUGUUAGAUUUUUAAAGGUAAGUGCCUUGCUUAAGUAAUUUGGCAUUUAAUUAAGCUUUGGUUUCAUUAAUUGGAUCGAAUUUUGAAUAGCUUUAAAGCUAUUUUAUGAGGAAAGGAAUUAAAGAAUUUUUUGAUUUUAAAUCAAGAGUUUUAAUUCAAUCUUAGCAUAUUAAAGAAAUUGUGGAAGGUAAUGGUAGAUAUAUAGCUUAAUCACCAUUUAAUUUAAUAACUUAUGAUGAUAUUUAAUUAUAAGUAAAAGUUGAAAUAGAAACUAUAAAAGUUGAUUUUCCAGAUGAAUUAAAAUAUGAUAAAAAUUCUGUAAAUACAGAAACUCAUGAGCUAGGAUUUAUUAUGAAAUUUAUUUUAGAGCCAGAUUAAAUACAAUAUAUCAUAAAUUAAAGAAAUAUGAAGUUAUAAUAAUAGGGUUUUGAUAGUUAAGAGCUCUUAUAAAAGGAAGAAGAUAUUUGCUAUAAUAUGCAAUCUUAAUACCUUAUUGAAAAGUUUUAUUAAUAAGAACUUAAAACAUUAAUCAAAGAUAAAAAUUUUAAUUAUUUUUCACUUGAAAAUAGCGAAUAGCAAGAAAAUGAAGAAAACAAUAAAGAAGAUCCUGAUAUAAAUCAGCGUUGCAAAUAUCGCUUGAUUUGA